UUUCUUUCUCCCACUCCUCUUCCUCUUCCUCACCCAAGUGGAGCAUAUCUCAGUCCUGCAGUCCCUCUCUGAGUUCGGUAGCUACACUCCCACUCCUCUAGACUCCUACACUCUGACCAAAAGACGCACUGCAGAGGUGCUUUCAUGACACACACCCCUCUCCCCCCUGUGUCUAUUGGGCCGGAGGCGUGACAGUCUCAAACCCACACUACAUUAGCAGCAUCCUGCUCUCAGACCAAACCAAAGACAAGCAGGUUUUUGGCUCCUAUCAAGACAUGAAGGAUCUCGCGGUGGCACUGCCCCCCACCCCAGUGACAGCUCAGCCGGACAGCCACACACAGGUUUCCUGCUCCACAAUCGGUCAGAGCUCGAUAUCCCAGCAGGCCUGGCAAGUGGGGAAUGGCUCUUCCAGCACCAACCAGGCCCAGAUUUAUCUGCAUGCACAGAUGGAGAAAAAUGAGGCCCAGCAGACCAGCCAUCCUACUCCACAGAGUGUUCACACCAAGGCCCCUGCACACCCCAGGAUAUUCCCGUGCACUCCAAAGUCCACCCAGCAAUCAGACCCAUCCAAGAAAGGACUGUGCUCUCCAAUCCAGUCACACACCCUGAUGAUGCACAAGCUGCAAUGCAAGCUCAGCCACAAGAUGGCGCACUGCAGCAAGCUCCUCAAACCAAAGCCCGAUGGGGGCCAGAGGCUGGUUCAGUCUGUUUCUCCCCAGGCUGCUUCACAGGAAACUCUACCCACCUCCCCCCUCUUCUCAUCCAGUCAGACCCCAUGGAUCCCUGUGACAUCUGUGUCUGAGGUCCAAUCACAGCACUUCACUGCCACACCAACUCUUCUUUCAUCCUCCUCUUCCUCCGCCAAGCAAAGUGCGCUGGCCUCUCAACACGAGGCCAGUGCCGCUUCCCCUUCACAUGACCCUGCCCACAAGCCCCCCAGUCUUUCCCCUGCUCCCUCCUUAGCAGCUUGCAUGGGCUCCCAAUCUGACCCUAGGGCCACCACAUCCUCAGCCCUUGAACUAAGGCCCCUAUCUUCAGUGUCAGGGCAGGGGCAGACAGAUUGGAUGCAGUCCUCUAUGGAGACCCCAGCAGGCAAGACGCUGGUCCAGGUGCCUUGCCAGGACCUUCCACCUCCGCAAAUAUUUGGCAAGGACCUGCAGGCCCAUUUGACAGCUCCUUCUGAGCUCCCAAAGGACUUAUCCACAAAAUAUCAAAUGGUGUCAUUGCAUGAAAUGGACACUGGAGAGCAGGUGCAGCCAAUCUGUUUGGCGUGCCCAGGCAAUGAGAAGAUGACGGACCUCAUGUACUCUCCAGCUGCAGACAGUACCCAGAUACUACCCACUGAGCUGACGCCUGCUCAUCAGGAGGACAACUGUAGAAACACCCACACCAACUUAACCAAUACAGCUGGCAGCAGGCAAUCAAGCACAGAGAGAAUAACUGACAACGUCCAACCAGCACACUCCUCUGCGAAGCCCCUUCACACAAGCUCUUCCCAAGAUCCCCUCCCAACUGCCGGGGUACCAAGCAACAGCCUGCCCAAUCCCACCAGUCACCUGGGGCAUCCUGAGAGCCAGCUCCCCCAUGCUGUCGUCCAACCCCAGGUUCUCAUGCAUCUCAUCGAGGGCUUCGUAAUCCAGGAGGGGCUGAAGCCAUUUCCAGUGAACCGCUCCUCACUGAUGGUGGGGCAGCUGGCCAAACAUCCUGAGGCCUUCCUUGAGAUGACGGGGAGUGAGGUCAGCAACCCCCUCAUGUACGCCUGGAACUCCACAGAUACCGACAUGGAUGACCUGGCCACGGACGAUGGUAUGGAUGAGGUGCAGGCAGACAUGUUGCACUGUGAGUUCUGUGGGAAAAGGGGCUAUGCCUACACCUUCCUCAGGUCCAACCGCUUCUGUUCUACCACGUGUGUCCGAAGGUUUAACGUCAGUGACACCAAGCGCAUCAGCACGCCGAAAGCCACUCGAACUGGCCACUGGAAUCGUGGCAAGGACCGCAGACGGGGACGGAGGCCCAGCAGGCUGGUGGGCGGCUCCAGGGAGUGUUUCCUCCGACAGACAGCCCAGAGCACUGGCUGGUGGCCGUUGCAAGCUGAAGAGGAGGACGACCCUCCCAUUCCGAUGACAACCAGACGACGGCGGCAGGCGGAGCUGGAGCGGGAGAGAGAAACAGCGGACAGCGGUGGGAGCCCGCCCACCUCUCCGUCCAUCCCUGCUCUGUGGACCGUGGACCAAGUCUGCGCCUUCGUGUACACACUGCCAGGUUGCCAGGACAUUGCUGAGGAGUUCCGCUCACAGGAGAUUGACGGCCAGGCCCUGCUGCUGCUAACUGAGAAUCACCUAAUGAGCAUCAUGAACAUUCGGCUGGGGCCUGCACUCAAGAUCUGCGCCUGCAUCAACUCCCUCAAGUAGCCCUAGCCCAGUGUUCCUCACUCCUUGAUCCUGGUUGAAACAAAAACCAGCACACACUGCGGAUUUCAGAACCAGGACUGAAGAAGACUGCCCUAGCCGAGGAAGACUGCCCUAGCCGAAGAGAGAGACAAACCUCCUCAUCCUUUGCAUCCUCACCCCCCUGUCACACCAGAGACUCCUACAGUUGAAAUCCCUCAAAAUGCUCCUCCUCUCACACUGAGGUAAUGUGUGAGACUUGGCUGGAAUACUCUGCUUAUGCAUCAGCUGAGCACUACAGAGAGAGGGCAUGUCCGCAAAGGAAGGGAGGGAGAGGGAGGAUGACAGUGGGAGACAGAGAGAAAGAGAGGGUGUGUGUGUGCGUGCGUGCAUGCAUGUCCACAUUUGUGUGAGUGACAGAGUGAGAGAGAAAGAAAAGAGAUGGAAAAUGUGUCCACUGGGAACGUAAGGCUCCUCAGAGAGUGCAGGUCUGUAGACAAAGAGCUUGCCCUGCUGAAACAAAAUCCUUCAUUUUGUCUCAAACUUUGUGUUUCAACAAUCAAGACAUUAACGCCUGGUGCAAACACAUCACAGCAUUACUUACACCUGAAACAGCGGCCACAAUGCAGUAAGGUAUGACCCCUGUGUUUCUCAAAUGUACAACUCGCGUGCAAUUAACUGUUUUAUACACAUUUGAAUGAACAAUUGCGAUGAACAACUUUUGGAUCCACUUUUGGGUCUCAGUUUACCACUUUAAUUAUACCAUUAAUCCAAACUGCAUUGGUGUCCAUCUUUCAGAAAUAGCCACUGACUCUCACUAAGUGUUUACCUGUAAAUAUUUGUGUACAUUCUCAAGAGAAAACAAGCAUUGAGUUUCUGCAGUGUUGAGUGUGCUUUCAUUCCGAAAAAUGUAAUAAUAUUUUGAUAUUUAGCUGAAUCUUUUAUCCAAAGCAACUUAGUUUGAUUCAGACCAAUCAUGCAUAUUUAAAAAACAUUGCUAUUCCCCAUCUCUUGCCCUUCUGACGUCAAGUGUCAAGUAAUACAAUAUUCUCUCUCCCCAUGAGGCUACCACCACUUAUUCUAGCAGGUGACUCAUUAUGGGAUUUUAGUGGAUGCAUUUCGACUGCCUUAGCUAUAUUUUGUCUUUGAUAUGUAUU